AUCGAUAAAUGCGAGUAAAUCUUUGGCGCUCUUUUUUAGCAAACAAAAUGUCCGAUCUUUUCAAUUGUUUUAAACGUUUUUUAUUUCAUGUUCAAUUAUUUGGAUUGAAAUUGAUGCUGAUAAAUAGACAUUGGGAAGGAAACAAAUGAUGUAGCAAAAAAGACGAUGAGGAGGAGAAAGAGGAGAAAGAGUCUCAAUUACGUGAGAAACCGGUCAGGUAAGAAUUGGAAGCGUUGAGAGUGCAUUUGUUUAUUGUCCGUUUGUUGAUCAACAUUACAUUCAACCUUAAACCAGUAAAUAUUAAAACAGCCAACAGUAAACAUUGAUACAAAACAGCUCUGACUAACAUGUUUCCAUCUUGUUAUCUUUCAGGUAUCAUAAAGGAACAGCAGAGAAAACUCCUUUUGUAAUUGAUGGAAAUCACACAAGCAAAAAUCAUCAAUAACAACAAUUGCUGUCAUCACAAUCACCGUCAUCAUUAUCCGUAUCAAAGACAACAAUAGGUCAAAAUUAACAAUUUCAUCGAUAUACUCAUAACCAAUACUAUUAUCGUCUUAAUCCACCAGUAACUUGGAAGGAAUCACUUUUUCGUGAUUUCACACCUAAACUCCAUAACGGAUUUAUAAUUGUGUUUUGUCUUCAUUUUUAUUGCAACUAUUCUGUGUCUGUGUCUGUGUUUACAUACUUUCGGCUCGGAAUUUAUUGAUAAACUGUGAAAGUUUUGGCCGACAAUCUUGUUUUUGCAAUGAAUUUUAAACGAAAAGAUAUCAAAAAAUCAUCUUAUUACGUUUGGUUUCUUGGAGCCAAAGAGGCUGAAGGUCUUCGUGGAGAUGAGUUUGUUUUACCUGUUUUACGUUAUUUGACUGACCAAGAAGGACUCUCUGAAGUUUCAAAGGUUACGCUACAAGUAAGCAAUAAAGGAUUGAAAAUAAUACAAAAUGUGCCAAAAAAAUCAUCUUCAUCUUGUAACCCGUUACCAGCCUCAAACUUGUCAUCGGCUAAAUUAAGUUUAUCAUCCAAUUCAGGGAAAACUGAACAGAUAAAGCAUCUAAUUCCUCAUAAUGCAAUUACAUGUGUUGUUCAAGAAGAUGAUUUGGUUGCUUGUAUUUUAUUAAUUUAUAAUCCAAUCACCAAAUGUCCGGUUCAUGUUCAUGCUUAUCGAUGUGAUUCAAUUGAAACUGCUUCAUCGCUUCGUGGACAAUUACAAUUGUUGAUUGAGAAGCCAGAAAACCAACGAAAGUUUAAAGAAAUUGAAUCACGUCUUGUGUCAAAAGGAUUAACAGUUAAUCAACAACCUCACCAGCUUCAUCAGCAUCUUAAGCAACAGCCCCAAUCUAAACCAACAGAAUCAUCUGUUGAAUUGAAUCGGCGCUUCAAUCCAUUGGGUAAACGAGGUUCAUCCGAGAGUCGAUCAAUUCGAACAGAGUCUUCAGAUAGAACUGAAGAUUCGUAUGAUUCAGGAUUAAUAAAUGGCUCCAAGGAGAACAAAUCAUUGCCCAUUGAACUGGCUCUGGGCAAUCCAAAAGUAGCCAUACUCUAUGAAUCUUUAGCAGCUGAAUUAAAAGCCAAAUUAUCUAAUCCCAAAUCAGGACCAAUAUUGUUACCACCAAAGGAUUAUGAUACAAUAUCUCGUAAACAGGGUAAAUUAAGUGGCAUUGAGGCUCGUAAGAGCACUAAUAUGACCAUCGUCGGACCAUUGGAGACACCGUCUACAACUACCAACUCAUCUUCCUCGUCAUCUCCUACCACUGCAUCAUCAUCACCAUUGAAGGGUAUUAAAGAUAAAAAGACGGGAUUAAUUGUCGGCUCUUCUCUAUCAACCUCUUCGUCGUCCUCAUCUUCCUCGUCAGUCCUUAAAAAAGCUAUGGUCUUGCCUUCAGCCACAUCAACCUCAAAUCUUCAUAUUAUCCGAUCAGAAUCAAGUUGUAAAUCAUCAAGUGGAAUUGGUUCUGAUGAGCCAGAUAAAUUAUCAUCUUCCUCAACUUCACCUUUUAAUAGAGAACUGAUUAAGGCAACAGCCAAUUACCGUUGUGAUGUUUCUUCAGACGAUUCAGAGCGUAAUUGGUCACCAAUUGAGAGUGGACCCAGUUCAUCUGGAAGUGCAGCUUCCUCUGGACGAAGAUUGUUAAACUUAACAACUACAACAUCAACAUCAAACAUGAAUAAUAAUAGCAGUAAUCAUAUUGUUAAUAAUAAGAUGAUGAUUACAAAUAAUGCUAAUAAUAGCAACAAAAAUAUUCAUCACCAUCAUAGUCAUCAUCACAACAUCAAUAAUAAUAUUAACAAUAAUAAUAAUAGGAUCAACAAUAAAAAACAUGAGAUAGCUGAAAGAUUGGAAACAAAUCGAUUAAAUAACAGCAUCAAGAGUAGCCACCAUCAGCUUACAUCGUCAUCUUCAUCUUCAUCAUCUUCAUCAUCACUAUCAACAACAAAUCGAGCCUCCAUUCCACCUCCUGUUGUACCUAAAGCAAGUUUAAUGACCAAACCAAUGAAAACUGAUUUAAAAAGGAUUAAAAACGACCUCAGACCCGUUAUUACUGGAGUAACACCUCAUUCCGCAUCUCCAACAAUCAACUCUAGUAAUAAUAUUAACAGCAACAAUAAUAUUAAUUAUGAUAAUAAUAAAGGAAAAGUUGAUCCACCGCGUUAUUAUUUUCCCGAUCAAAUUGUAUCAAAUAAUAGUAAUGUUGGACUAAUGAAAAAUAAAUCAAGUGAUAAUCAUCAUUCACGUCGAUUGCCAACUCAUAAUCUUCAUCAUGAUUAUCCAAGUGAUAGUGUAAAACCAUCAGCUGGAGAUAUAAUUAAUAUCACCAAUGCAUGUGCUCGAUUAAAACCGACUCGUGAUUUCAUUAGAGUCCAACCUUUAACAAAUUAUCAAAGAAGUCCAAUUUCAUAUUGAAUUUUAAAUGCAAUUGAAGACAAUUGGAGACACCAGCAAUCCGACAAUUGACAUCUUUAAAGAUCAAUCUUAUUGAUAAAAAUUUGAUUUGAAACAAGAGCUCAUUAUCAAAUUAAAACUUAAUAAGCUUGUAUGGAACGAAAUAAAACUAUUAAAUCUCCCUAAUACAUUAUCUGUAUUAUCGAGAUUUUCAAUCAACUUUUCAUUUAAUAAAGAUUACGACUUUUCAAUAA